UAUUCUAGAGUCGGCAAAGCUGUUAUUUCCUGUAGAACAGAUCUAAACUGUUCAGGGAAUAUGUUUAUAUGCUGUUCAGUUACCAGAUCAGCAGAAGCUUGUUCUUCUGAAGGAUUGGAUUGUCAACAUGUUGCAUUAUCUAUCAGGGGCAAGGGUAAGGUUCAAAUCUCUGACAAUGUGAUAAAACUUUGUGAUAUUGGUAUUCAAGCACUGGACCAGUCCACACCAAUAAUCAGGAGUAAUAUUAUGGAUAAUAUGCUCCUGUGCUGCCUCCUGGUGGAGGGAUCUGGAACUAAACCCAGCAUUGUUAACAAUGUCUUAAGUGGUGGGUCACAAGAAUCACAGACUGGCGCGGCUGGAGGGGUUGGUCUUCUUUGUCUAGAUGAAGCUGGAGGUCUUGUUGGCAAGAAUAUAUUUCAGGUAUUAUCAAGGUGUUAUUCAAUCGUAACAAAGAAGUAUAUUUGCUUAGGACUGGGCAGUGUUCCUACUUUUUAA